AUGGCAGGAGCGUUACCGCGACGUAUUGCAAAAGAGACGCAACGUCUAAUAGCAGAUCCUGUUCCUGGGAUUUCGGCUGUACCGGAUGACAACAAUGCACGUUAUUUCCAUGUAAUUAUCGCAGGACCAGAAGGUAGCCCAUUUGCUGGAGGAGUAUUUAAGUUAGAACUCUUUCUACCUGAAGAAUAUCCAAUGGCAGCUCCAAAAGUCCGUUUUAUGACCAAAAUAUAUCAUCCGAAUAUCGAUAAAUUGGGACGAAUAUGCCUUGAUAUCCUCAAAGAUAAAUGGUCUCCGGCGCUCCAAAUCCGUACAGUGUUAUUAUCAAUUCAAGCCUUACUCUCAGCUCCGAAUCCAGACGACCCGUUAGCAACAGAUGUUGCAGAGCAAUGGAAAAGUAAUGAAAGUGAUGCAAUUCGUAUAGCGCAGGAAUGGACUCGUAUCCAUGCGAAUGGACAGUAG